AUGAUUACACUGGACUUGGCUAAAAUCAGUGAUAAUCAAGGUUCGACUUGUGGCGAUUGUUCUCGUGUUGGUGCUGUUGACAUUAGUGAUGAGGUACCAUUUGCUAAUCAGAUUUUUGAUAGCUUAGAGAAGGCGUUUAAGUUUUAUAAAGAGUAUGGAAGAUUGGGAGGUUUUGAUGUACGAAAAGGAACGGGGAAAAAGGAUAGUGAAGGGACAAUUAUUUUGAAGCACUUUGUUUGUAGUAAUGAAGGUUAUAAUGUAGUUAAUCCUGGCUGUGAUGAAAAGGUUGGUAAAGUGGUCAAGGAAAGGCGUACGGGGUCUCGUAGAUGUGGAUGCAAAGCUAAAAUUGUUGUCAAGAUUAUGAGUCAGAAUAGGUAUUUUAUAUUGAGUUUUGUUGAAUUGCAUAAUCAUGUUUUAGCUAGUGAAAACGGUUGUCAGUUUUUGAGAUCUAGUAGAAAUAUGAGUAUUAGUUUGCGGAAUAUGAUAUUUGAUGCUAGUAAAGUUAACAUUGGAUGUAGCAAGGCUUUUAGUUUGGCAAAGGAAAUGGCUGGUGGUUAUAGUAAUGUAGGUGCAACGUUACGUGAUUUUAGAAACUUUAACCGGGACUUGAAAGAAUAUGUUGGUGAAAGGGAUGGACAGAUGAUCAUAGAUAAUUUCAAGGUUAUGCAGGAGACUUCAAAAUCUUUUUAUUUUUCUUAUGAGUUGGAUGCAGAUGGACAUUUAUCCGUGCUUUUUUGGGCUGAUGCCACUGGUAGACGGAAUUUUGAAAUAUUUGGUGAUGCGGUUUCUUUUGAUGCGACAUUUGAUACGAACAAGUAUAAUAUGAUCUUUGCGCCGUUCAUCGGUGUUGAUAAACAUGACCGAUGUGUUACAUUUGCUGCUUGUCUUUUAGCAAAGGAGAAUGUUAAUCAUUUUAGCUGGGCUUUUAGACAUUUUGUAAAGGCAAUGGGACGAAAUCCAGUUGUUUUGAUUACUGACCAGUGUCCGGCAAUGAAAAUAGCUAUCCCUGAUUGUUUCUCUUCUGAAAAUGGAUUAGUUGCUAGCAAGCAUCGUUUAUGUAUGUGGCAUAUUAUGCAAAAAUUCCCAAUUAAGCUUGGUAAUCGUUUAUGCAAGGAGACUGACUUUGUGGAGAAAAUGAAGGCUUAUAAUUGGUCAUCAAAUCUGGAGAUUGAGGAAUUUGAAAAUGGCUGGAAAUCUGUUAUUAAAGAGUUUAAUCUUGAGGAAAACAAGUGGUUAUCUGACAUGUAUGAGCUGAGGUCAUCAUGGGUUCCUUUAUAUUUUAGGGACAAUCCGAUGUUUGGUUUGUUGAGGACAAUAAGUAGGUCUGAGAGUGAGAAUUUUUUCUUUGGACAAUUUCACAAACAAAGUGACAGACUUUGUGAAUUUUGGAUACGUUUUCAGAGUGCUAUGGAUAGGCAGCGGAAUGAAACAAAGAGACUAGAUCAUGAGUCGAAUGCAACGACUCCUUCCAAACUGUCCAGGUGGUUUCUUGAAGAUGAUGCUGCUGAAAUAUUUACGCGUGGAAUUUUCUAUAAGUUGCAAGAAGAAAUUUUGUCUUCCUGUUUGGAAAUGCAAAUUAAGAAGAUGAGUGAAGAUGAAAAUGGAGUAACUAAUCUUGAAAUUAUAGAUGUUAAAGUCAAGGAUAAAAUUUUUAAGGUUGCUGUGAGUAAAUCUCAUGCUGUAUGCUCAUAUAAGAAAUUUGUUAUGUGUGGAAUAGUGUGUAGGCAUGCCUUUUGUGGUUUGAAACAAAUAGGUGUUACAAAAUUUCCUAGAAGCCUUGUGUUAAAUAGAUGGAUGAAAAUUGCUGAUUGUGGCAGUGGAUUGGAUGUUGAUUUGGUGUCUACUGAUUUUUUUAAGAUGGAGAAGGUGUCCUUGAAGUUUACAAAUAUAUGGUAUGAUUUUCAUCAAACGGUUAACAAUGCUGGAGUUGAUUUGGAUAAACUUGAAUAUGUGCACAAAGCUAUUAAGGAUAUUAAUGUUGAUCUUGAGAAGUAUGGUGUUGAUUCUGUUGAAUUUAGUAAGAGGGAUCAUACUGCAGCUAUGGUUGGUGAACAGCCUGUUGGAGAAUUAACUGUCCUUGUACCAAACAUUUCGAAGAACAAAGGAAAUCAUUCAAAAGAUUGA